CUCGACGUCGACAACCCCUCAACGACACCCUCCCGUCCGUUACCUCUCCCCGUACGGUUCAUUUUCAAUCGCCAUAUAUAUCCAACAUGGCUGACGCUGCUCCUCGUGGACGUGGAGGAUUCGGUUCCCGCGGUGACCGUGGUGGUGACCGUGGCCGUGGCCGUGGUCGUCGUGGUCGUCGCGGCGGCAAGCAGGAGGAGAAGGAAUGGCAGCCCGUCACCAAGCUCGGUCGUCUCGUCAAGGCCGGCAAGAUCACCAGCAUGGAGCAGAUCUACCUCCACUCUCUGCCCAUCAAGGAGUACCAGAUUGUGGACUUCUUCCUCCCCAAGCUCAAGGAUGAGGUCAUGAAGAUCAAGCCCGUCCAGAAGCAGACCCGUGCCGGUCAGCGUACCCGUUUCAAGGCCGUCGUCAUCAUUGGUGACUCUGAGGGCCACAUCGGUCUCGGUAUCAAGACCUCCAAGGAAGUCGCUACCGCCAUCCGUGCCGCUAUCACCAUUGCCAAGCUCGCCGUCCUCCCCGUCCGUCGCGGUUACUGGGGUAGCAACCUUGGUGAGCCUCACUCUCUGCCCGUUAAGCAGAGCGCCAAGUGUGGUUCCGUCUCCGUCAGACUUAUCCCCGCUCCCCGUGGUACCGGCCUUGUUGCCUCCCCCGCCGUUAAGCGUCUGCUCCAGCUUGCCGGUGUCCAGGAUGCCUACACCUCCUCUUCCGGUUCCACCAAGACCCUCGAGAACACCCUCAAGGCCACCUUCCUUGCCGUCGUCAACACCUACGGCUUCCUUACUCCUAACCUCUGGAAGGAGACUAAGCUCAUCCGCAGCCCUCUUGAGGAGUUCGGUGAUGUCCUGCGCCAGGGCAAGAAGUACUAGAUUAUUAGUGCCGUGACGGGGAAAUAAAUUUGCAUGAUCGUUUUUUUUCUUGAACCAUUUUCCUACGGGAAUUCUACUUUUUUUUGGCUGUAGGAUCGGAAAAGCUGGAAUGAACUUUUUAUCUCACGCUCUACUACGCUACUCACGGCCAUGGAUGUAAUUACGGGAGGGACGACUUGAAAACGAAAUAGCGUGAAGUGAAUGAAAGCUUCCUUUUCGCCAGUCA